AUGCCAAAUCCUGCCGACAGCCAGGACAUUCCCAUAGAUGUCGCGGUAGAUUUCAUCGGCACAGAGAUUGAAGGCUCACUGGACAUUGAUCUCAUGUUCUUUGGCCAUAGCAAGAGAGAGGAACUUCAGAAGGAAACUUCUGCUGACCCCGUCCUACGUGGCCCUAUGGCAACAAGUGACAAAUGGGAAGCAGGUUGUAAUUCCCCCAACACUACAAAAAGACAUCCUAGGACAGCUCCACAUAGACACAUGGGCAUUGAGCGAACGCGCAGACUAGCCCGUGAAACAGUUUUCUGGCCAGGAAUUAACAAUGAUAUCGAGCAUAUCACAAAGGACUGCCCUGCGUGCCAGGAACUGCAAACAAGACAGCAAAAGGAGCCUCUCCAGCCACAUGAUGUUCCAACAGCUCCCUGGACCAAGCUGGCAACAGACCUGUUCACCUUGAACAGACAGGACUAUCUCCUCAUCACAGACUACCAUUCAAAGUACCCGGUACUUUACAAACUGAAAGACACUUCAAGUGCAGCAGUAGCAGGAGUGAUGAGUGGAGUCUUUAGCCUGUUGGGUCCACCUGCAGAAAUCGUAUCAGACAACGGCCCCCAGUUCUCCGGACGACCAUUCCAGGAAAUGUGCAAGAAAUGGUCAAUCACCCACGUGACCUCAUCACCACAUUAUCCUAGGUCCAAUGGACUGGCAGAGCGCAUGGUACGGACUGUCAAGUCAAUGCUCAAGAAGUGCAGCAUGACUGGUCAAGACGCACAGAUUGCAAUGCUCCACCUCCGAGCGACACCAGUUGACUCGCACAUGAAGUCUCCAGCUGAACUUCUAUUAGGAAGGCCCAUCAGGACCAGUCUUCCUGGCCACCAUCUUGCAGACAAUGCAUCCGACACGGAGCAUCUCCUGCAGAGGCAAAAUAGAAUGAAGGAAACACAUGACAGACAUGCUGGGACAGAACUCCCACCACUUCACGUUGGACAACAGGUCCGUGUCCUACACCCGCAGGAACACACGUGGAUACCCGCGAAGAUUUCAAGGCAAACUAAGCGGCUAGAGACGGCCAUUAAUGCUCAACAAGUGCCAAAUAUACGACGUGCGACUAGAGAUCAUAGAGAGGAGGAGCUGAGAGAUGCGGAGGCGCCUCAACAGCUGCUAAUAGCUAAUAAAGGCGUGUGA